UAUUAUGUGGUGAAUUCUCUGGUGCGUGUUUUCAGGCACUUUCGGCGGUGUGUGCAUUGUGUGAUGAAUUUUCUGGUGCUUGUUCUUGGGCACUUUCGGUGUUAUGUGGAGUGUUUGUCCUUGAACACUUUCAGCAUUAUGUGGUGAAUUCUCCUUGGCAAUUUUGGU